AUGGUGCUUUCUUGCGACGAAGAUUACUUCAUGACUCGGGAAGAGCGCUCAGAGCGUCAUAUGGACGCCAUGUCUGUAUGGUGCAACAUGAUCCUAAGGUCUCAAUUCGAAGACGAAGAGUUUGAGAUUGGAACUAGUAAACAAGAAGCUAAUAAAGUCCUGCAAGAUCUCCUCGCGAAAUCGAAUAUUCGAAAGUCCAGCGCUACGAUCAAUAAGCCUUUCAAGUACUCAGACUUUUUGAAAAAGCAGAAAAGAGACAAUACUCGUGAAAAAGCAAUUCGCCUGUUCAAUUCUACAAAUGUACCGGACCGUAUUCGAGAAGCUGUGAGCUGCCGCCUGUUUUCUGUCCGUGCAGGCUGUAGCAUCUACUCGGAUUUGUCCCUCCAAACAACGCUUCUUCGCCUUUUCCUUUCAUUUCAUCCAGCAUGGCUUCACCUUGGAUUAGAAACUGUGUUUAAUACACCAAUCAACAUCGGCGAAGAUGAAGUGUUUAUCCAAGUUAUCAGUCGAUUCAUUGUGCAGCGGUUGUUCGCAGAUCCUAGAAUUGUGAAGAACAAAAAGUAUGCCUUCGGGAGUGGAAAGGUAAUUUUGACCGACAGCGGUCGAGAGGCGUUGAACUGCCAUUUUUUGACUCACACUGCUUUGUUUUGUUAUUUUGUUGAAACAGCCAAGGCUGCCUCGAUCAUCAAGCACAAUCCUCGAAUGUUCACGAGGAACUCUCCAUUCAAAGUGAUUAACAUAUUUUUGCAACAUCCGAUAUUCGCUGUUUCAUUAUGA